AUAACACAAAAAGAAGAAGAACCGGAAGUCCAACCAUGGCUCGUUUGUCACCUGAUCUCUGACGUGUUACAGGGCAGGCGGACACUGACACCUUCAGAACUGAAAGAUAUACUGUCUCAGGGGAUUGUCAAGCUCCACUUCCCCUGCUAAGAUAAACUAAACCGUCGACCAGCUCAUUCGAGCGUUGCGGAGGUGACCAAAAAAAUGCUGUCUCGAAUGUUGCUGUCGCUGCUCAACAACCUCCGCGUCGUCGAGAAGCUAGCGGAGUCUCGUCCGAUCCGCAGGGCAGCGCAGAUCACAGCCUACGCCAUCACCAAGGCUCAGAUAGUCGGCCGGGACGCUUCGCAACGGGCCUUGCGGUCCCAGACGCUGCGGCAGGUCCGAGAAGAGACAGGUCGACUGCCCGACGGCGUGGAGGAAGUCGGCAGGCGACUCAAGAGAGUCGGAGAGACGUUCGUCAAUGAAGUCAAGGAUGGGUGGAAAGAUGGAUCAAGACAGGUUAAGAAAUAAUCCCUCAACCUGAAUGAUGAACUGAAAUCAACUUGGAAAAUUCAAUUUCAUCUCUUUGUGGCAACACUGCUGACAUUUUAUCCAAGUGUGGCUGCGGGGUGCACCCAGACGUGCCGUAAAAGUUUUGUCAAAACUGAUUGAACUCCAACCAUGGAGCAUUUUGAUGCACGUGGAAAAAUCUCCACACUCACACUGACAUCACGAUCCAGACGCGUGUUUUUGCGAGUGUGUAAUUUGCAUGCACAAGUGUGGUGGCCGCCAGCAACACGAACGGACUUUUUCUUUCAGCCAAAUCAAUGUGGCACGAAUAUUAGGCCAUUGUUGUAAAUGAGUAUCAUUUUAAGGUCCAGUCUAUGACGAUAAUAUUAAGUUUAUGGAGAUGAUUUACUGUUGUGGCGAGAUUAAAUUAAAAUCAUUACAAAUGA